CUCUUUCUUCUUGGAUGGUCUCAAGCCCAAUCAAUGGCGGGGCCCAUCGUCUCCGCAACCUGUAAUAAGAAUUAAGAAAUAAGGAGCUUCAGAGACAUUCAAAACCCUAGAAGCUUACGAGUUACGACAGAGCUCUGAAACCUGAAUUGUUUCACUCUCCAGGUCCCAGCUCUGAAAUCUGGACUUCCAUGGAUAACUAUUCCUUCUCCUCUUAUCCGGAUUCCGUUAACUCCUCGCCGCGAUCACGAGAGAUCGACUGCGAGAAUCCUUCUUGGGACGAUCCUCCCAAUUAUAAGGUGAAAUUCAUGUGCAGUUAUGGUGGGAAGAUCCAUCCUCGUCCUCACGACAACCAACUGGCUUACAUCGGUGGUGAUACAAAGAUCUUGACAGUUGAUCGCAACAUUCGCUUCUCCGGUAUCAUUUCUAAGCUCUCGUCUCUCUGUGACGCUGACGUCUCCCUUUUCAAGUAUCAGCUACCCGGAGAAGAUCUUGAUGCCCUCAUCUCCGUUAGCAAUGACGAAGAUCUCGAGCAUAUGAUGCUUGAAUACGACCGUCUGUACCGUGCCUCUGCCAAACCUGCUAGGCUCCGUCUCUUCCUCUUUCCUCAGAAUUCUUCUGUCUCAACUGUGUUUUCUUCUAAUGAGGAGAAACCUGAUAAGCAAUGGUUCCUAGACGCCCUGAAUAAUAUCCCCUUCCAGCCGGCUGAUGACUCCUCCUCACCAGCGGCCGCCACGCAGAAUAAUCCCGAUUUCCUCUUCGGUUUUGAUAAGGGAUAUGAUCCUCCGACUGCAUCAAAAUCGCAGGAGACUACCGUAGAAUCACUCCCGCCGGAGAAGCCUCCAUCUGAAAUUGCUUUAGGAUCGGAUUCAAACAAAGAUGGUCGGCACAUAGAAACUCUUUCUCCAGCGGAGAUCCAGAGACAGAUCGAGGAGUUGCAGAAGUUUCAGAUUUCAGGGCAAGAGCAAACAAUCUACCAGAGGAAAACUGAAGAGAGCUUGGCUAAGGUCUUCCCUGGUGAAUACUACGUACAAAACAUUCCCGAAAAGAUGGCUGCGGCGCCACCGCCCAUUCCGGUGUCAGUAUCCCUUCCGGCAACGUAUUGGCCAGAUAGACACAUGGCAACUGGGGGUUAUUCGCCUGCUGCGGAGACAGUACCGGGGACGGAACAACCUGUGUAUCUGAUUCCGGCGCCGGGUAGCGUGUAUCACGCACCAACGGGGCGCUCAAUAACAGGUCAGAUAGGUCAGAAUUACUACGCGAUGCCAAGAGUGGUCCCAGAGGUUUACAGGGAAGCACCACCACCCGUCUACGGUGUGGGUGCACCAACGGCAGCAGCACCGGCAGUAGCGGCACAAGCGAAAGUAGGGGCGUAUGCAGACGGUGGGAUUGGAGUGAUAAAGCCAGCAGCAAUGGCGGAUGCAGGUUAUACGCAGAUCGCCUACGAUGGAGCUGGGAGGCAAAUGUAUUAUUAUACAACAGCGCAGCCAGGUAUAGUGCCCCAAUAUCAGACAAUAACGGCCACGAGCGUCGAUCUCAGGCGAGCAGCCGCCGCCGCUGCUGCUGGGGUGUUGAGUCAAGAAGGUAAAUUGACCGCCAAACCUUCCCAAGGUUCUAUGUGAUAGUGUGAAUAUGAUCUUCAAAUAUUUUUUUAAUCGUUUUUUUGUCAGAAUUAAAUCAAAUAGGUUUGAUUAUGAAUUUCAUAUAAUCGCAGAAACCUUUUUGGGUGAUCAUGGUCUGUAUACACCGGUAACUGGUUUUUUAAUUAGUAUUAGUUGGAAAAAAAUACACGUGAUUCCGAGAA